AUGGAUUUCCGUCAUUAUUUGUAUGCUUGCUGUAACUUUCGACGAACAAAAGUCAUUGCUCAUUCAAAAUCCGACGAUCCAAUUCAAUCGUUGAUUCAUGCUGGUAUUAGUGCGCUGCAUAGUUCACGUUCUGCUGCUAGUUUUAUUAUUGCUGAUUUCGGUUCUUCUCAUGGAAGAACUUCUAUUCAGACGAUGAAAUCGAUUCUUGAAUAUCUUCGUCAAACAAAUAAAUUCGUCGGAACACCUUUCGUCGUUCAUAUAGAUGUACCAACAAAUAAUUGGUCAAAGAUGUUUCAGCUUCUUAUCAACGAGAAUCCUUAUUAUGGUUAUGCUAUGGGUCGUUCCUUCUACGAACAAUGCUUUCCUGACAAGAGUAUUUCGAUUGGUUUUUCAUCGGCUGCAUUACAUUAUCUUUCACGAAAGCCUUGUCAUUUGGCUAAGCACUGCUAUUUUCGAUUUGCCACUCCUACUGAACGUAAAAUCUUUCAAAAGCAAUCGAAAUUUGAUCUGGAUGCAUUUCUUGCCUGUCGUUCGCGAGAAUUGAUCUCCGGUGGGAUUCUUCUAUUGAAUAUUCCAUGUGUAGGCGACAAUGGUGACAUGGACUUUGAUGCACAUUUUGAUCUCAUAUACCAAUGUGCUCAAUUACUCUCAUUGUUGACAUCCGAUGAAUUAUUACAUUUUACUAUCCCGUUUUAUUUACGUUCUCUGUCGGAAUGUGUUGAUUUCGAAUUAUUCCAUCGGCAUUCGUUGAAAUUAGUCAAAGUUGAAUUUGUUUGCUUGAAAUCAGCGGUUUGCAAUCAAUAUCAACAUGGGCAUCUAACGCGUGAUCAAUACGCUAGAUCAUUAACAAUGCUGAUGCGACCAGGAACGGAAUUAGCAUUCAAACAAGCCUUGCAAAGUAAUGGACGAUCAAGUCAAGAUAUCGAAGAUAUAUCGAUCCAAUUCUGGCAGUUAUAUGAGGAAAAAGUCAAAGAGACUAUUGACGAAAGAGAUUUGAAAACUUAUGCGACUCUCUUAGUUUUAAGGAAAAAAUAG